AUGGGGAAGCGUAAGGUAAAGCGAAAGCCACCACCAAAGGUGAAAUCAAUUGUACCGCUGGAGACACAAUUUAAUUGUCCAUUCUGCAAUCACGAAAGAGUGUGUGAAGUAAAAAUGGAUCGUGAAAGAAAUGUUGGUUUCAUUUCGUGUAGAGUGUGUUUGGAGGAUUUCCAAACAAAUAUCAAUUAUCUUUCUGAACCAAUCGAUGUCUAUUCGGACUGGAUAGAUGCAUGCGAGCAAGCAAAUCGGUGA